AUGGCUGGUGCUUUAGAAAACGCUAGAAAAGAAAUAAAAAGACUUUCAUUAGAAGACCACAAUGAAUCUGAAUACGGUCAAAUUUAUUCUGUAUCAGGUCCAGUUGUUGUUGCUGAAAAUAUGAUUGGAUGUGCUAUGUAUGAGUUAGUCAAAGUUGGUCAUGAUAAUUUAGUCGGGGAAGUUAUUAGGAUCGAUGGUGAUAAAGCCACUAUCCAAGUUUAUGAAGAAACUGCCGGUGUUACCGUUGGUGAUCCAGUUUUGAGAACAGGGAAACCAUUGUCUGUUGAAUUAGGACCUGGUUUGAUGGAAACCAUUUAUGAUGGUAUUCAGAGACCAUUGAAAGCUAUUAAGGAGAUGUCUCAGUCUAUUUAUAUUCCAAGAGGUGUUGAUGCACCAUCUUUGAGUAGAGAUAUCAAAUGGCAAUUUAAACCAGCCUCCUACAAGGUCGGUGAUCAUAUUUCCGGUGGUGAUAUAUUUGGUUCUAUCUUUGAAAAUUCUUUAUUAGAUGACCACAAGAUUUUGUUACCACCAAGAGCUAGAGGUACAAUCACUUGGAUUGCUGAACCAGGUGAAUACUCAGUCGAAGAAAAAAUUUUAGAAAUUGAAUUUGACGGUAAGAAAUAUGAUUAUUCUAUGUAUCACACCUGGCCUGUUCGUGUUCCAAGACCAGUGACUGAAAAAUUGUCAGCUGAUUAUCCAUUGUUGACCGGACAAAGAGUCUUGGAUUCUUUAUUCCCAUGUGUUCAAGGUGGUACUACCUGUAUUCCAGGUGCCUUUGGUUGUGGUAAAACAGUUAUUUCUCAAUCCUUGUCCAAAUACUCCAAUUCUGAUGCUAUUAUUUAUGUCGGUUGUUUUGCUAAAGGCACUAAAGUUUUGAUGGCUGAUGCCACCGCUAAAAGCGUUGAAGAGGUUAAAGUUGGGGAAGAAGUCAUGGGUAAAGACGGUUUACCACGUAGUGUUAUUGCUUUGCCAAGAGGCGUUGAUACUAUGUAUAAAGUUUCUCAAAAUCUUAAAUCUAACACCCACACCAAAGCUUCCUCUAAUAGUGAAUCUUUGCAUUUAUUUGAAUUUACCUGUAAUUCCGACCAUCAAUUAGUCGUUGGAACCCCAAGAAAAGCAGGAAUAUCCGUUGACACUGUUGAUGGUGUUAAAUAUUACAAAGCUUUUUACUAUGAUCUUGUUGAGGAGAUAACCUCUGAUGGUAGAUUGAUUAAAAUUGCCAAAGAGGUUUCAGAGAGCUAUCCAUUUACUGAAGGAGACUCUAAGGCCAAAGAAAUUAUUGCUCCUUACGAAAAUUCUGGUGCCUUUGAAUGGACUAUUGAAGUCAGAGAUGUUGAAUUGUUAGACGCACAUGUUCGUGAUAUUACUUAUCAGGUUUUUGCUCCGGUCUUGUACGAAAGUUUAUCCUUUUACGAUUCUUUGUCUGGUUUAGGCCAUGCUUGUUUGAAUACCAAAGCAGGUAUUUUUGCCACUGCUUAUUUGCUUGGUUUGUGGGCUGGUGAUGGUUCCCCCAAAAAAGCUGGCAAUGCCGCCACUAGUAGGGACGAUAAUUUAUUGGAAUAUGUUUGGGAGUGUGCAGAAAUAUUAGGCUUGAACAAUUCUUGUAACAAAAAUUCUAUGUCUAGAAGUGAUGUUUUACAUUCUAAUGUUGCUGAGGGGAAAUUAGAAACCAAAAAUUCCUUUUGGGAUGCUGUUGUUAAUUUGGGAUUUUUCAAAAAUGGCGCUAAACAUGUACCUGAAAUGUUGGUUUCUGCCCCAAUUAUUGUUCGUGAGAAGUUUUUGGCUGGUCUAAUUGACUCAGAUGGGGUUGUUAGUUCCAAAGGACAAACUUUUGCGACUGUUAAAACUACCCAACGUAAUAUUUUGGAUGGUUCUGUUGCUGUUGCUCGUUCUUUAGGUUUGGAUGUUACCGUUAAAGUGGAAGCAGCCAAAGCUGCUAAGAAUGUCUCUAGCAACAAAAAAUCAUAUGCUAUGUCUUUAUCAGGUAAUGACGUUCUACUUUCUGUUUUAUCUAACUGUCAUUCUAGUAAAAACUUCAGGGCUGCUUCUUCAGCACCAGUUGUUCGUGAACCAAAGAAAUUCUAUUUCAACUUGGAAAAAUUGGAGGAAGAUGAAUUUUAUGGCAUAACCUUACCAGUUGACUCUGAUCAUCAAUUUAUGUUGGCUAACCAAGUAGUUGUCCACAACUGUGGUGAAAGAGGUAAUGAAAUGGCUGAAGUUUUAAUGGAAUUUCCUGAGCUUUUCACUGAAAUUAAUGGGAGAAAAGAACCGAUUAUGAAACGUACAACCUUGGUUGCUAAUACUUCAAAUAUGCCGGUUGCUGCUAGAGAAGCUUCUAUUUAUACGGGUAUUACCUUGGCUGAGUACUUCAGAGAUCAAGGUAAAAAUGUUUCCAUGAUUGCUGACUCUUCCUCUAGAUGGGCUGAAGCUUUGAGAGAAAUUUCUGGUCGUUUGGGUGAAAUGCCUGCUGAUCAAGGUUUCCCAGCUUAUUUGGGUGCUAAAUUAGCCUCGUUUUAUGAGAGAGCUGGUAAAGCUAUUGCAUUGGGUUCUCCAAAUCGUAUUGGUUCCGUUUCUAUUGUUGCAGCUGUCUCCCCAGCAGGUGGUGAUUUCUCUGAUCCAGUUACCACAGCCACCUUGGGUAUCACUCAAGUGUUUUGGGGGUUAGAUAAGAAAUUAGCUCAAAGAAAACAUUUCCCUUCUAUUAAUACUUCUGUUUCUUAUUCCAAGUACACCACUGUUUUGAAUAAAUAUUAUGACAAGAAUUAUCCAGAGUUCCCAACCUUGAGAGACCGUAUGAGAGAAAUUCUAUCCAAUGCAGAAGAAUUAGAACAAGUUGUUCAAUUAGUUGGUAAGUCAGCUUUAUCUGACAGUGAUAAGAUUACCUUAGAUGUUUCUACUUUGAUUAAGGAAGAUUUCUUGCAACAAAAUGGGUAUUCUACAUACGAUGCCUUUUGUCCAAUUUGGAAGACUUUUGAUAUGAUGAAGGCUUUUAUCUCCUAUUAUGACGAAGCUCAAAAGAGUGUCGCUAAUGGUGCUAAUUGGGGUAAGUUGUCCGAAGCUACCGCAGAUGUUAAGCAUGCUGUUUCGUCCUCCAAGUUUUACGAACCAAGUAAGGGUCAUGAUGAAGUUCAUGCUGAAUUUGAGAAAUUAUUUAACCAAAUUCAAGAUAGAUUUGCCGAGUCUACCGACUGA